GAGACGACUCCUUUAGUCAUUGCUGAGUUUCAGCUUUGGACGCUGAGAAUGACUGUUUUAGAUAUGAAUGGGGAUAUGCUUUUGUACGUCUUUGCUGGACUUGGAGUUUUCAGCUUCAUGGUGGGAGCCGUCCAGCUGAUUUGGAAUAUCUGGCGUGGCUUUCUUUCUUAUAUAAUGCCGUGGUUUUGGAAGACCGAUCUGAAGUCCUUUGGAGAGUGGGCAGUUGUAACAGGAGCUACAUCAGGAAUUGGAAAAGCCUAUGCACAUGAGCUGGCGAGAAAUGGCCUGAAUGUCAUCUUAAUCAGCCGCUCUAUGGAAAGGCUGAAAAAUGUGGCUACAGAAAUCGAAAAGCAACAUGGUCAGAAAACUCGCAUCAUUCAAGCGGACUUCACCGAAGGUUACUCCAUUUAUGAAGGCAUUGAAGAAAAGCUGAAAGGCCUAGAAAUUGGAAUUCUAGUCAACAAUGUUGGAAUGAUAUAUGCAGGCUAUUUUUGCCGGCUACUUGAUACUACAAACCCAGCUCAGAAAUUGAUUCAAGUGAUCAAUUGCAACAUCCUCUCCGUGACACAGAUGAGCAGUAUGCUUCUGCCAGAGAUGAUCAAAAGAAAAAAAGGGCUGAUCAUCAAUAUAUCCUCAGAAAUGGCAUCCCAUCCUCAUCCAAUGGGGAACAUCUACUCCUCAACAAAGGUUUUUGUUAACUUUUUUUCCAGAAGUCUACAUGCAGAAUACAAAGGCAAAGGCAUCAUUGUUCAGUGUGUGAUGCCUUUGCUAGUUUCUACCAACAUGACAUACAACCUGAACCCCAAUUUGUUGGUGAAGGAUCCAGACAGCUAUGCUAAGGAGGCCCUCAGCACAGUGGGCUACAGCACCUUUACCAGCGGCUGCCUGUCCCAUGCUUUGCAGCAUUAUGCCUUCAAUUUUUUCAUGCCUGGCUGGUUCCGUCUCAGUAACCUUUACAUACAUCAACUGGAGAGAUUUGCAUCAAAAUAUCAAAAAAGAAUAAUGAAGAAUGAAAAAGGAGAAUGAAAAUUUAAGUAAUGUCAUUCAGGCUCUGAGUGACAUAGGUGCCUGUGCUUAGUAAUCAUUUUUUCUGCAUUGUGUACUGAAACGUUACAUAAGAGAUAAAGAAUGUUAAAAAUUAUUGCUAAAAUGGGGAUGUAAGUUAACAACUGCAUAGACUGAGUAUUAAAUGGUUUAAGAAAGUCCUCCAAACUCCUAUGAAUACUGUUUAAAAAUAAUAGCUUUGUUUGCAGCAAUAGUGCCAUAAACUGUUUUGGACUUUGUUGUUU